UGCACUGAUCCUACAACCCAAUCGUCAUCCAACCUCCAGAUCACAGAUGUCUUUACGCUCGGUGAGCCAUUCCACCCUCUCAAGCUCAGACUCCAGUCUUCAGCCGGGUGUGAGAAAUACGAAGUGGAGGAGCAACGCACCGAGAAUGAGCACUGGUGCUCGCCAGAUCAAUACGACGGCACAUUCGACGGAUUCACCGCAGAUCACUUCUCGUCGCUGUGGAACGUCAGCGGUCCAGCCAAAGCGUACGCUAUCCAAACACACUACACGCGCUUGUCCGAGUGCUAA